AUGAGUAAUGCUGCAGCAGUGGUGGUGCACGCAAUCGCUAAGUUUGUCGGCGUCAUGGCGUAUGACUGGGGCUCGCGGAGCGCUCUGGAUCGAUUGACCUCGCGUACAGGUUCGCGGCGGUCCGUACAGGAGCUGUACGCUUUUACACAAGCCUCGAAGGGUGGCGCUCGCGACAGCAUACAAUUAUUAUAUAGAGCUGAUAACACGCAGGAAUUGAGAAUGAAUGAAGACUUUCAUAGAGACUUACCAGUGAUUAUGUUGGGUAAAAAAUAUAAAUACACACACAGAUUAGUUGACCAGGUUCGUGAUGUAGUAUAUAAUGUGUAUGGUUUUUUUACCAAAGAAGCCAAUGAGUUUGGUGAAGUUAAAAGAGGAUACUUUACAAACGUUGCACAACGUGUUACUGCAGCGACAGGUGUCUCUAUAGCAUAUGUAAGCAUUUUAAUCAAUGAAUACAAAUGCAUAGGUCCAGAAGCUUCUCUUAAAACAAUAUUAAGAAAUCCGCAUAGUCCAUCACAUAGCUUGAAAAAGAAAGCAGAGGCAUCUAAAAGUAAAAUGCAACAAACGCAUCAUCCUACUUGCUUCAAUUUCGAAAUGAAAACUGACGAAACCUUGAACAUGCAAUAUGAAAAAUUUGGAAAUGAUGUUCCUGACCUAAAUGUUUUAGAAGUCAAAAUGGAAGACGAAAUCUAUAAUACCGAAAAUAAACAGUUUCACAAUAAAUCAUGUUCGCACUACUUCGAAGAAAAUAUAUAUAGACUAACUCUAGAGAACAUGACAGAGUUAUAUUCAACCUCGGGAUUAAGAAUGACUGAAGGCUGUCAUAGAGACUUACCAAUAAUUAUGUUGGGUAAAAAAUAUCCACACAGAUUAGACGACCAAGUGCGUGAUGUAGUAUAUAAUGUGUAUUGUUAUAUUAUAAAGGAAGCCAAUGAGUUUGCUCAAAUUAAAGGAGGAUACUUUUCAAAUAUUACACGACGUGUUAGUGCAGCGACAGGUGUCUCUGCAAGCUAUGUGAGCCAUUUAGUCAAUGAAUACAAACACAUGGGCCCAGAAGCUUUUCUUAAACCAAACUUAAGAAAUCAGCGUAGAGCAUCACAAAGGUUAAAAAAGAAAGCAGAAGCAUCUAAAAGUAAAAUGCAACAAAGUAAUCAUUACACAUUCUUGAACUUCGAAAUGAAAACCGGGGAAACACUGAACAUGCAAUAUGAAAAAAUCGAUGAAUUUGAGAAUGAUGCUCCUGACCAAAAUUCUUUAGAAGUCAAAAUUAAAGAGGAAAUUGACAUUACGGAAAAUGAACCGUUUCAAAAUGAUUCAUAUUCGCACUACUUAGAUAUAAAUAUACAUCAACAAACUCUAGAAAACAUGACCGAGUUAGAUUCAACUUCCAUUAAAAUUAAAACAGAAGACGACACUUCUUUUAAUUUUGAGAGUGAACCAGCUGUUUACGAACAUCAGUUGAUAAAGGAUGAACCUACAACAAUAAAUAUAGAGCCUGAUAUAGUUGCACGUGAAGCUUCAAAUAAAAAUGAGCUUUCAAAUCAUUCUGUCCUUCUACAUCAACCAUUUACCUCCACUGGUUAUUUCGACAAUCCUUAA